AUGGCGAGCAAGAAGCAGGAGAGAGGGCUUCCUCUACAAGCUGAAAUGGAGAGCAACAAGCAGAAAAGAGGGCUUCCGGCUUCCUCGUUCCUGAAAAACAAAUCACUACUUAUCUCUCCAAUUCAAAGAGGUGGUCAUAUCCAACCUUUUCGGUGCAUGAUUGCCAUUGAAGAAUUGAGUUUCAGGGUCAUAGCCUACAGUGAAAACGCCAUUGAGAUGCUUGAUUUAAUGCCUCAAUGAGUUCCAAGCAUGGACUAGACUGAAAUUCUCAAGGGGGUCACUGAUGUUAGAACCCUUUUCACCCCUUUGAGUGCUUUUUCGUUGGGAAAGGCAGCUAGGGCUCAAGAAAUCACUCUUCUGAACCAUGUUUGGAUUCUCUGUAAGAAUUUUGGAAAACACUGUUAUGCAAUUCUCCAUAGGAUUGAUGUGGGUAUUGUUAUAGACUUAGAGCCUGCUCGAUCAGAGGACCCUACUCUCUCUAUAGCAGGGCCUAUUCAGUCUCAGAAGCUAGCAAUUAGGGCAAUUUCGAGGCUCCAAUCUCUUCCUGCUGAUGAUAUUGACUUAUUGUGUGAUACGGUGGUUGAGCAUGUUAGAGAAUUUACUAGUUAUGAUAGAGUCAUGGUGUAUAAAUUUCAUGAGGAUGAGCAUGAUGAGUUUGUUGCAGAGAUCAGGCGGUCUGAUCUUGAGCCCUAUCUUGGCUUUCAUUACCCAGCUACUAAUAUACCUCAAGCCUUGAGUAUGAGGAGAGAGCAUAUGUUAUUGUGA